UCAGGUCGCGAGGGGCAACAUCGAACUCUAGGGUCAAGCUGAGGGGCGCACGAGAGCACUUGAGGAUAAUGUACGCGCAGUGAAACAAACUGUUGAACUCCGAAAGUUCCCGUUAUUUAACGGACCGAGGCCAGUAAUGGAGUAAAGAACAAGGUCAAGUUGAGAAUGGCAUUCGAGGGGAAUCAGAGCACAUUUGCAAACUCACUCUUUCCCACAUUCCAGCCUCGGGCCGGUGUAAAUGUAGGUGGUGGUGGUGGAAACAACGAUGGUGCGGCAUUGCCCUUUUCCAUCCCUGGUGUCUCACUGCAGGAACAGGACACUUCAUCCUACGUACCCUGGUCUUACAACACUGAUGACGAUCCCUAUGGCCUUAUCAGCUGUGCCCAGAGCAGCACUAAAAGCAGGAAACCCACUGAACACAUUGAUUGUGACGGGGAGACUGAUCUGCAGGGUCUAGUGUCAAAUAUUUUGGAUGAAGCAGAUUCACAGGAAAGCUACUACAGUGAAGGGUGUCUUCCCACGUCUAAUCCUGUCUGGUCUCCAAAGACACUGAGAGAUGAACUGCUACAGUAUUUUCAGUCGGAGGCUAAAAUGCAAUAUAGCCCUUUGAAUUAUGCGUCUCGUGAGUCUGUAAGCAAAGCGCAGGGACAGUCACUGGACAAAGAGUUUUCUCAACACUCCAAUGGCCUCGCUACAAGUCAACCGUGGCUUUUUAAUUUGCCCAAUGGAGACAGGGACAGCUAUACCCCGCGUCCUCAGAAACUACCACCAGGUCUACCAGUGUCCAACGUAGGAAACGCAUGCCUGUCACAGAUACAACAAAACACCAUGUCGGCCGAUAAAGACAGAGGGAAUAGUCAGAAUCAUUUCCCUGACCUCAGUGAUGUCUUCUUACCUCAAAGUGAAAAUAACAGCUUUCAUCCUUAUUUCGAAGACCACUACAUCCAGAACAGUGCAAAGACCACCAGUAGUGAGCAGUACAUGCCACAAGACAUUAACCACCUGGUGAGCAGCUUUCAGUCGUUCAUGGCUGGUGAGCACGAUGGCUUAUGUCGUGGAGACUUUCCAAACAUGCACAGGCAGACAGGCAUGCGCCAUGAGGAAAGCAUGGCUGAACAAUGGAAAAUCACCGGUCCUGCAAUGCAGACCCAGAAACAGCUGGUGGGAGAAUUUGGGACAGCGCAGAUGGAAAGAAACGGAGACGCGAGGAACCAAACGUUCAAGUGUAAUGCCUUUCAAGAUGUACCUGCUUUCAGCCCCCAAAACUUCCAGCAGCCAAACCAACCAUUCCCGGGAUCUUUCAACCUCCCAAACCAGUACCAAAACAAGACGACCUUUCACAGAGAGAACAGCUCACUCCCCAUCAACAUGAGCAUGAACCAGUACUCAAAGAAUCACAUCCAGCAGGGCAAGAUACAGAACAGGAUCAGGCCACAGAUGCAGAAGGAAAAGAAGAGGAUGCAUACGUCUGGCUUUCCGGGGGAGGGCUUCUCUACAAGACCCCUAACCAACUCUAACAUGAGAGGGGGCGAUAAGAAGCAGGUCAUCUCACAGAACAUGUACUUUGACCACUUGGGGAGCAUGCAUUCUCCGAGAUUUGGUGCAGAAAACAGCAGAGUCAGUGCAGGAAACACACAGCAGCUCCUUCCUAUCAUGUAUCCUGUUAAUGACCCCAGAAGACACUCCAGCAUGCCCAUCAACUCCUCCAGCUUAAACUUCAGACCCCCACUACCCUACGGAGGUGGCGUUCCUGGCAUGGAUAUGGGUGAGAUGACGUCGCCCAACGAGCCUGCAGCUUUCAGCUCCUGUGUCAGUGACAUGAUGACCUGCAAAGGAGAGAGCACUCAUCGUGGCAUGGCCUCAAAUGUGAUGAAUCAAGGAGGACCUAUGAUCCAGCUUUACUACUACCUGGACGAGUGCUACGAGCAGUGGAGGUGUUUGGAGAAGGACAGAAAGAAGACAGAGAUGAUCCUCGCGAAGACAUUUGUCGGGAAAAGGACUGCAACGGUGACCAACACUAAGUUGCCCAAAACGCCACCAAACGCCACAAGAGUCGACAACCUCAUUGUUAACCAGAUGAGAGAACAAGCAAGGGUGGCAAGCCUUCUGGAAAGAAUGGAGAGUCUGCACAACAUAACCCUCCACGUCAACAUCCAGACAGCGCUGAACAGGCAUCAUAAGGCUCUUUGCAUCGCCCAGGCGAGACGCAGGGAGGAGAUCACCAACAUGUCCAAACACCAGCGGCAGAGAGCUAAUUUCUCAGAGGACAGAGACACCCUGUUGCUGGUCAUUGCACUGAAGGACCUAGCUGCUACCACGAGGAAACUCCGCAACGCCCUGUGGUGCGCUCUCCAGACGACACUACCAACACCUGUCAAGCAGGACCACCACGUUACCGAGGCGGCCACAGUCACAGAGAGGCCCCCCUCUCCAAUGGAGGGAUACUCUUUUAGGUUUUAAUUUAGGAGGCAACAAGCAUGAGUUAAAGGUGUUGAUUACAUUAAAACCAGUCCAUACCCUGAUUAUAAAUUCUACAUAAGCUACAGGGUGCCGUAAAAAAACAAACAAUUGUUACUUGUGACAUUUUACCUGCAACACUGAUCACCGCAGAAAAUGAGACGAGCAGUUUGAAGCUUAAUGAUGGAUGCACCCUUUAGCACCCGGGAGCUCCAGGUGGCUUUUGUUGUUACGUUGUGUAGGAGUUACAUGAAAUGUAAUUUUUUUUUGUCCUGCUCCAUCUUAACUUCACUUCAUUCAAUUAGUGUCAGUUCCAAAUUAACGUGAAUCUCGCUCCAUCACUGUUAUAUUUAAAGACACUAUUUAUGAGGAAGAUUUCAGUGAAUUCUUCAUUGUUUUACUUAUUUAUUGGAAUGUAAUGGAACCCCCAGUUCUAGCUAUUCCCAGGCAAUAAUUGAAUCAUAAGGGCAGCAGUUUGAAAAAAUGAACAUGCUGAAUAUUAAAAUGUUUUCUAAAAAUGUUCAAAUUAAUUUCUGCAGCUACAGUUUUUCUUAUGUUACCUUAACAUGCUAUAAUCAGAAAAAAAAUCUGCAAGUUUGAACCGACAGUCAAACUUCUAAAGAAGUUCAUUGUCUUAAAUUGAAAUGUAUUAAUCACAUUAAAAACACACGACAUUAAGAAAUAUGAUUUCUACCAGCGAAAUGUAACAUAGCCAAGUUAAAAAGUGAGAUCAGACUUGGUCUAUAUCAGUAGUUUAAUAUGCAUGUGAUAACUUAUAAAUUGUUUUUCAAAGUGUUCACGUUAAUUUCUGAAACUUCUGUUAACACUAACAAAAUAUAUGAUUAAUUGUAUUAAUCUAUUAUUAUCAGAGAGCGUUAUCAAAUCUUAACAGUGAGACAGUUUGUCUAAGGACCAAAGCUUGUAUCCAGCAAGUCCGUAGUACUUCUCUUACUAUGAUUUGUGAGUAGGAGCAGUUGUCAUUUUAAAGUUCAUGUUGUCUUUUAUUUUAUUUUUUCUGUUACUUGUUCUAUAAACAGAUUUCAAAAUAAAGCAAUCCAAAUGGCU